UCAGUGCCUCUGAAGAGUAUUUCAGUGGAGAUUUGGGCCAAGGACUUUAUCGCGGAUGUUGUAUCAUCUCUCGACUAUGAGAACACACAGUCAAACCCUGUGGAGGCUGAGUUUAUCUUUCCCAUCGAAUUUGGAGCUUCUAUCUACGACUUGCAUGUAGACAUUGGCGACACACAGAUCAAGGCCACAAUCAAAGAGAAGCAAGAGGCAAGAAAUGAAUAUGACAAUGCCAUCAGCAGCGGCAUGCAAGCCUUUCUUCUAGAAGAGAGUGAGGAGAGUUCUGAUAUUUUCCAACUCAGGAUUGGCAGCUUGUCCCCGGGUGAGAAAGUAUCAGUGUCCCUGUCGUUUGUUAUGGAGAUGGACGUGCAGGUAGAUGGAGCAAUUCUUCUCCACUUACCCACUUUGCUUUUUCCAAGGUAUACUCCAGAAGGUGUCCAGUCUCUGACCACUGAAAUUCCUUAUGUCCCUGUUGGCUCUGUCCCCUACACCCUGAAUUUAAAUGCCCACCUGGCAUCACUUAAUGGAAUCGCAUCUGUGCAGUCAAACUGUGGCUUGUCUCCUAUUGAAUAUCUAAAUGAGGAGAAGACUGAAGCAAAGAUCUCACUGUCCCCUGGCUUCAAGUUUGACCGUGAUGUGCAGCUCCUGAUCUACUACACCCAGAAGCACAAGCCAACUGCCACUGUGGAAGCUGGACUCAUAUCAGCAGCAUCAGGCUCCUUAAUGGUGGACCCUCUUGUGAUGGUCAGUUUCUUCCCUGAAAUAAAUACUGACCAAAAAUCAAAGUAUGGCGAGUUUAUCUUUUUGGUGGAUUGUUCAGGCAGCAUGCAAGAAAAAAUGAACAAUGACCCCGAAUCUCCUACACGUGGAAAAUGCGUCUAUGACACGAUGAAACUUCUCAUCCAGAGCCUACCGCUUGGCUGCUACUUUAACAUCUACCUAUUUGGUUCAGUUUUUGUAAGGUUUUUUCAUGAAAGUGUGGAGAAUAACAAGAAGAUGAUGGACAUAGCCAUAAAGAACCUAAUUAAAGUUGAAAAAUACUACGGGGGUUCAGAGAUUUUGCCUGCCUUGUGUGACAUCUACAAGAAGACCUGCAGACCUGGAUACCCCAGACAGUUAUUUAUAUUUACAGAUGGAGAAGUUGAAAAUACAAAGUCUGUCACUGAUGAAGUGAAGAAAAAUUCUGCCACCCACAGAUGCUUCACUUUUGGAAUUGGAGAAGGUGCCUCUACAGCUCUAGUCAAAGGCAUAGCAGAAGCAUCGUCAGGUCAUUUCCAGUUCAUUUCAGGGGAAGACAGUCUGCAGUCAAAGGUAAUGCAGAGCCUGGAAUUUGCCUUACAGCCAGCUGUAACCCAAAUUGUCCUCAGAUGGGAUGUUCCAGCUGGUGUGGAGGUGGUCCCUGUGUCUGAAGCUCCAGUCGCCUUAUUUCACAAUCAGAGAUCAGUCUUCUAUGCACAAUUGAAAGGAAAGGUGAGAAAGGACUGA